AUGCGUUUUUUUCAAUCAAGUACAGUGCUAGUUUUAGUUCUUGCGUUCUUCCAAGUAAAUGCUUUAAGCCUUUUUGGAAAUUCUAGAGGACAUGGUGAACAAGCAAGUGGACUUCUUUCCAUUGAACUAUUAGGUAAUGAAGGAGUCACUGGAUUGACACAGGGGGUUGGUGGACAAGCCAGUGGAAGUGCUCAAGGUGGAGGUGUCCAAGGGAUCAGUGGAUCUGUUGAUGGAGCUACUGGGCAAGCAAUUGAAAGUGCUCAAGGAGUUGCUGAUCAAGCUCAAAAAUCUGCUGGGGGAACAAUUCAACAAGCAGUUGGAAGUGUUCAAGGUGCCGCUGGACAAGCAGUUGAAACUGCUGGAAAUGGCAUUAAAUCAGCAUCAGAUGUUGCUACACAAUUAAGUGGAAGUGCUCAAGAAUCCGCUCAAGAAGCUAGUGAACAAGCAAUUGGAACUGGUGAUCAAAUAAUUGGAAGCUCUCACGGAAUUGCUGGAUCAUCUGGACAAUCAAGUGAAGGUACCCAAGGACCAGCUGGACAAUUAAUUGGCGGUGCUCAAGGACCAGUUCAAGGAGUCGGUCCUCAAUCUGGUGGAUCACCUGCACAAUCAAAUGGAGGUGCUCAAAGACCUAACAGACAACCUCAAGGAUCCGUUCCACAACAAGGUGGAUCAUUUGGACAAUCCGCUGGACAGUUAACUAAUGGUGCUCAAGGACCUGUGCAAGGACUCGUUCCUCAAUCAGGUGGAUCAUCUGCACCAUCAAAUGGAGGUGCUCAAAGACCUAACAGACAACCUCAAGGAUCCGUUCCACAACAAGGUGGAUCAUUUGGACAAUCCGCUGGACAAUUAACUAAUGGUGCUCAAGGACCUGUGCAAGGACUCGUUGCUCAAUCAGGUGGAUCAUCUGCACCAUCAAAUGGAGGUGCUCAAAGACCUAACAGACAACCUCAAGGAUCCGUUCCACAACAAGGUGGAUCAUUUUUACAAUCCGCUGGACAAUUAACUAAUGGUGCUCAAGGACCUGUGCAAGGACUCGUUGCUCAAUCAGGUGGAUCAUCUGUACCAUCAAAUGGAGGUGCUCAAAGACCUAACAGACAACCUCAAGGAUCCGUUCCACAACAAGGUGGAUCAUUUGGACAAUCCGCUGGACAAUUAACUAAUGGUGCUCAAGGACCUGUGUACUCAAAGACCUAA